AUGGACGACGAUAUGGAAUUAAAAGGUCCUGGCUACGAUGCCAUAGCAGACGAGUUUGAGAGCUACGAGGACUACCUGGACAGUCAAAUCACCAGCACAGAUCUAUACUAUCUGGAAGACAUCGAGUUGGCUCGUCAGCUCGUCGAACUGGGACUCCGAGGCAACGGAGAAACGAUCAAGAGGGAAGAGUUCGAUCAAAGGAAGGAGGCAGCCGAGGCGGCGCGACAGGCGCGCUUGAACAAGAAGCCCAAGAAGCUAGCGUCCCAGGGGAAAGAUGUCGAGGACAUGCCCCUCCUUCAGGCCCUCAAAGAUCGCGAGGAAGCGGUGCGCAACGGGAAGCUUACAACCAUUGUCUUCAUCAGGGAUCACAACGCCAGGGGGCAGGAGGUGUCUGGAUAUAUCGACUACGGCAACAGGCUGAAAAAUGAGCAUAUGGAGCUCAUAUUUGAGAGAAAGAAACGUCUCAUUCCCAAACCAUCCGACCUGAGCUUCUACAACUGGGACACACAAAUGUCCACGUCGAAUCCGACGCCGAACUUUCAGGUGAUUGCCGAUAGCGAAAAGGGACUCCUCUUCAAGAACAAGCGGGACAGAAAGGUGAUUAAUGUGGACCCAAGCCAGAAGCCUGGAGACAACUCAACCCGAACAGAGGUGGACACAGACGAGCACAUGCAGGUGGUCAUCUAUGACCACGUCACAAGGCGCAGAAGCUGA